GGAUUAUGAAUGAAACCGAUUCUGUAUUGAGAAAGCAAAACACCGCGCCCGCUCACAAAGACGCAACGCGAACAGAGAAACCUGUGUUAAUGAAAUGAAAAUAGAUGACGUUAUUUGUCAGUUUGCGGGGGUGGGAUAAAAUCCUGCAGACUGAUAGCGUUUGGCCAAUCAUCGCUCUCCCUGCGUUGGAUUGCUGAGCUCUUGUCCAAUCAGCUGCGCGCUCUGCUAACGCGUCACAAGCGUAACGGCCAAUGGACGUCGCGUAGGUCUCGCUGUAGCAGGAGUUCCCUGUAGCUGACUGUGGAUUGAGGAUUAAUGGAAGGGGUCUGACUGUCGAAUUAUGCGAGCUACAUAGUGCACACGACCGAAUUGGUUUAUCAACGUAAACACGCAAACGGUCACGCUACCGACAAGGUGCGGCGAAGUCGGCGGGUUGCGACCGGAAUCGCGCGAGGACGGUGAAAACAAGGGCUCGUGGCGCUCAAGAGGAAAGUCGAGGGCCUCGCCAAGGGUUAGCUGAGCGAGGAAGAGGAGCGAGAGAAGGAGAAGAAGAAGACGGGCUCUUAGUGCUAUUUCAGCGGACCGGACCCGACCCAGGAGAGUUGAGAGACGUUACCAAAACCGAAGCUCUGCAAGCAGACAACUACUGUUAGCUAGCUAGCGCGCGCUCGCUAGCUAGCUAACCAACCAACCAACCACUAUCCACCUCCAGACCUAUUUGAUCUGACAGCGUACUGUGAUCCAUCGAGUUAUGAUCAGACAUAGCUAGUGCAACGGACGCAGAAAUCGUAUGAGCAGUAAGGGGACGGAGACUGAAGACAGUUGGCGUCAAGAAAAGUCGAUUUAGAUCUGUUAUACCUGGCCUGCAAUCAUGGGCAACGCGCCCACCGCCAAGAACAAGGGCAAUGAGAUGGAGAGCGUUAAGGAGUUUCUUGCUAAAGCCAAAGAAGAUUUCCUAAAGAAAUGGGAGAACCCAGCACAGAAUACUGCAUCUCUGGACCAUUUUGAGAGGUUGAAGACUCUAGGCACUGGCUCAUUUGGACGAGUCAUGCUAGUCAAGCACAAAGAAUCAGGCCAGCAUUUUGCCAUGAAGAUCCUCGACAAACAGAAGGUGGUGAAACUGAAACAGAUAGAACACACGCUGAAUGAGAAACGCAUCCUGCAGGCCGUCAGCUUCCCGUUCCUUGUGCGAUUGGAGCACUCGUUCAAGGAUAAUACUAACCUGUAUAUGAUAAUGGAGUAUGUUCCUGGAGGAGAGAUGUUCUCUCACUUACGUAGAAUCGGCCGGUUUAGUGAGCCUCACGCCCGAUUCUACGCCGCCCAGAUAGUUCUGACCUUUGAAUACCUUCACUCACUUGAUCUUAUCUACCGAGAUCUGAAGCCUGAAAACCUGCUCAUAGACCAGCAGGGCUACAUACAGGUAACAGAUUUUGGAUUUGCUAAACGUGUAAAGGGCAGGACCUGGACACUGUGUGGCACACCCGAGUACCUGGCGCCAGAAAUCAUCCUCAGUAAAGGUUAUAAUAAAGCAGUGGACUGGUGGGCUCUGGGGGUGCUGAUCUAUGAAAUGGCUGCCGGUUACCCUCCGUUCUUUGCCGACCAGCCCAUCCAGAUCUACGAGAAGAUUGUUUCUGGGAAGGUUCGCUUCCCCUCACAUUUUAGCUCUGACCUGAAGGACCUGCUGAGGAACCUGCUGCAGGUAGAUCUGACGAAGCGCUUUGGAAACCUCAAGAACGGCGUCAACGACAUCAAGGGCCACAAAUGGUUUGCAACCACCGACUGGAUCGCAAUCUACCAGAAGAAGGUGGAAGCCCCCUUCAUCCCUAAGUGCAAAGGCCCCGGUGACACCAGCAACUUUGACGACUACGAGGAAGAAGAAAUCCGGGUCUCUUUCUCAGAGAAAUGUGGAAAGGAGUUUGCUGAAUUCUAGAAGCAGCAGCGGAGGAGAGGGACGGAGAGAAAUUAGAUGUGGGGCAACAGAGAGGAGAAAACGUUUUCCAGGGUGGUGAUGAUGAUGAUGAUGAUGAUGGACUGAGCCUUAUCCGGUAACAACAACGUAGAGCCCUCACACACAGAUGGAGGGAGAAGAAGAACAAAGUCCUGAGAGAGACGCCAGCAGUGUUGCCUUUUCAGAUCCUUCGUCACAUGUUACUUGUCCAUUUUCAUGUUUUCCCUCUUGUUUGGUAGCCAGGGUCCAUUGGGCAGAGAUUCGGUCACUUCUCUGUGACUGGCUGGCAUGGGGAUAUUUGUGACUACUACUUUUUUUUUUUUUUUUUUUUUUCAGAGAUAUAGAGGUUACUUUCUGGUACUGAAUUUUGGCUUCUCCAGAUAAUUUUUUUUUUUCUUUUUUUUUUUUAAUUAGCAAAGGUGUCCUUGCUCUGUAGUUCUCCACCCUGUCACAUCAUGUUUACGUCCUGUGCACUUAUUGGCACCCAAUG